AAAAAGCUAGGGAAGACAUGGAAAAACAUUUUCUACUUUCUCCAAUAUUCUUCAUAGUUCUCUUCACAAUACCAUGUAAUUCCCAGAUUCAUGCAUGUUAUAAGAGUGACCCUAAUACCAGCACUUAUGGUUUUUGCAACAUUUCUUUAGCUUAUACAGACAGAGCAAAAGACUUAGUAUCACGGUUAACUCUCCAAGAAAAAGUGGGACAGCUAGUUAACUCUGCAUCAGGCAUUCCCAGGCUUGGUGUGCCAGCUUACGAAUGGUGGUCUGAGGCGCUGCACGGGGUGUCAAACACGGGGCCUGGAGUACGUUUCAAUGCAACAGUACCUGGAGCAACCAGUCUCCCAGCUGUCAUUCUUUCUGCUGCUAGUUUUAAUGUUUUGUUAUGGUAUACUUUAGGAAAGGUUGUAUCAACUGAGGCUCGGGCCAUGCACAAUGUUGGCCUGGCUGGAUUGACCUAUUGGAGCCCCAAUGUGAAUGUCCUUCGUGACCCCAGAUGGGGAAGGGCUCAAGAAACACCAGGGGAGGACCCUCUAGUGGUCUCAAAGUAUGCUGUUAACUAUGUCCGAGGCUUGCAAGAAGUCGAUGGAGAAGAAUAUUUCAGCAGUCAAAACAAGCUUAAAGUCUCAAGCUGUUGUAAACAUUACACUGCUUAUGAUCUUGAUGACUGGAAGGGAAUUGAUCGGUAUCAUUUUGACGCCAAUGUAUAUAACCAGGAAAUUAAGCUGCCGUUCAAUUUGUUUGGUUACAACUUGGAAGUUAUAAUAAGCAGUGAAAGGAAAAUUUCGCAGGUGACAGCACAGGAUAUGGAGGAUACAUUCCAGCCACCAUUUAAAAGCUGUGUAGAGGAGGGUCAUGUUAGCAGUGUGAUGUGCUCAUACAAUCGCGUGAAUGGAGUUCCAACUUGUGCUGAUCCAAAUUUGCUCAAAGGAGUGAUUAGGGACCAAUGGAGUCUAGACGGAUACAUUGUCUCUGAUUGUGACUCAAUUGAAGUUUACUAUGAUGCAAUACACUAUACUGCCACACCUGAGGAUGCAGUCGCCCUUGCUCUGAAAGCAGGUCUGAACAUGAAUUGUGGGGAUUAUCUAGGAAAGUAUACAGAAAAAGCAGUGAAUCUGAGCAAGGUGGACGUGUCUAUAAUUGAUCAGUCACUGAUAUAUAACUACAUUGUACUAAUGAGGCUUGGAUUCUUUGAUGGCGAUCCAAAAAUGCAACCAUUUGGAAAUCUUGGACCAUCUGAUGUGUGUACCAAUGAUCAUCAGUCCUUGGGAAUUGAAGCUGCAAAACAAGGAAUAGUUUUGCUAGACAACAAUGGUGUGCUUCCUCUGUCACCAAGCAACGUCAAACACUUGGCUCUUAUAGGUCCCAAUGCUAAUGCCACUGGGACAAUGCUAAGUAUCUACGCAGGGGUACCUUGCCGCUACACCACCCCUUUCCAGGCGAUGCAGAAGUAUGUAGCGAGCAUAACAUAUGAGCCAGGAUGUGCAAACGUUCAGUGCACUGAUUCAAGCCAAAUCAAGGCAGCAGCCAAGGCUGCAGCUGCAGCCGACGUGGUGGUGCUUGUUAUGGGGCUUGAUCAAUCCAUCGAGAGAGAAUCACUGGAUAGAGUGAACUUGACAUUGCCAGGGUUUCAAGAAAAGCUUGUAAAAGACACCACUAAGGCAGCAAAUGGAUCAGUUGUUCUAGUGAUUAUGUCAGCCAGUCCUAUUGAUGUAACCUUUGCUAAGAAUAAUAAAAAGAUCGGCGCAAUUUUCUGGGUUGGCUAUCCUGGUCAAGAUGGCGGUGAUACCAUUUCUCAAGUCCUCUUUGGAGAUUAUAAUCCAGGUGGGAGGUCUCCUUUCACUUGGUAUCCACAAGAAUAUGUUGACAAUGUACCAAUGAAUGACAUGAACAUGAGAGCAAAUGCCAGUAGAAACUUUCCUGGAAGAACUUAUAGAUUCUAUAAUGGAAAAUCAAUAUAUCCAUUUGGCCAUGGACUAAGUUACUCAAGCUUUUCUUCGUUCAUCAUUUCAGCGCCUUCCACCAUUGUCGUAAAGCAAAAGACAACCCUUGACUCAGAUACCAUUCUUUUAUCUAACAUGACUACUCAAGCCAAUGGCCAAGCCCUUGAUAUUUCAAACCUGAAUUGCCAGAGUUUAAGGUUUAACAUCACAGUUGGGGUCAAGAAUAAUGGCAAAAUGGAUGGAUCCUAUGUGGUUAUAGUGUUCUGGAAGCCAACAAAUAUGGGAGGAGGACUGACUGGAGCGCCUAAUAUCCAGCUGGUGGGGUUUGAAAGAGUCUGGGUGGAGAAAGGGAAGACAGCAACAGUGACAACAAAAUUGGAUGUCUGCAAAGAUUUCAGCUUAGCUGAUGCAUAUGGGAAGAGGAAGUUAGUCACAGGGCUGCAGACUGUAGUUGUUGGUUCUUCAAGUGAGCGCCAAGUUAAGCAUCCGUUUAACAUUAGGCUGGCUACAAAAGAAGAAUAUGGAGCUGUACAUUACGUCUAAUUCUUAAGAAACACAUGCAGCGUGCUUGAAUUUGUGCUCUCCAUUAAUAUUCUAGAAUUUACUGCUAGAAAAGAGGAGCAUCUAUCUAGAUCUAGAGUCUAGGCUAUUGCCUAUUGGUGGUGAUACAGAAAGAAUACUGGGUAAAAGAUCCAGGAUUCUGGGUAAAAGAUCCAGAAGAUUGCUGACUUAUAUGAAACAACUAAUGUAGUGUAAUAUGCAAUAAAUUUAUAA